AUGAAUGUCCCCCAAGAACCAACCUUGUACCAUGGCAGGACAGCAAGCUUCGACGGAGUUGAAUAUAUAUGGUGGCAAGUCCAUGCUACUGGUUUCAUGGGCAUCCCCUCCGGUGAUUGGGACGAUAAUGUAUACGUGAGGAACGAUACGGUUUUAGUUGACUGGCAAACGAUCACCGAUCUUACGAUCCGAGACCUGGGUGAGCGAGACCUUCUUCAAGGCUUAUGUCAAACGUUCCAGACCUGUGUGUCACAGGCGCGGGCUCAGUUGGUUACCGUUGGCGAUGUUGGCGGACCGUUCUUUACCUCACUUGGGGUUUCUUUGAAGAACAAUCUAGUCGCGACCAACAACUGGCUCAAUGGGAAUCCUUUCGUUACCCAAGUUAUUGCCGGUACAAUUGCCGGUUUCGCAUCCAACCAGCUCUCGGCCUACGUAGCUGGCAAACUCGCCGGCGACAGCAAAAACGUUGCACAAUGCUCAACCCUGAGUGACCAGAUAGAUGCCCUGAAAUCCAUUAUUCUGUCUCAGAACUCUGUAUACUCGGCAUCAUCAAUGACGGUCACUACUCAACAGGCAGAUGCUGGUGACGAGAUCUGGAGCCUCACUAUGACGACUGUCAACUGCGGAGACGUACUCCCAGCAACUACCUGUGGAGGUGUUCCUGCAGGUGUCUGUACGGCCUGA